CUUCUUUAUCCACUGUUGUCUUGAUAACUUUUUUUUUUUUUUUAAAAAAAAAUUACUUUUCUUAUCAUCUUAUUACUGCCAUGGAAAUCUUGGAGCUCGUGAAUCAGGAAUACCAUGUUAAUGACCACCGACCCUUUUCCUGUUCCUUUGAUGGAUGCAAAAAAAGUUUUGGGAGACGAUCAGACUUGGUGCGACAUUCACGUAUUCACACCAAUGACCGUCCUUUCAAGUGCCGAGAAUUAGGAUGCGGCAAAAGCUUUAUUCAGAGGUCGGCUCUGACGGUCCAUAUGCGUACCCAUUCCGGAGAAAGACCUCAUCUGUGCGAAUUUCCCCAAUGCAACAAGACUUUCAGCGACAGCAGUUCACUUGCGCGUCACAGACGCACUCAUACGGGAAAGCGUCCUUACAAGUGCCCCAUGGAUGGUUGCACGAAAAGUUUUGUGCGCAAAGCAAUCUUAACGAAGCACAUGAAACACGAUCAUGUCAUUGACGGCAAACGGCCUCAAAUUCAGUGGACACCAUUUAUGGAAGAACGUCGUUUAAUGUACGAACAACAACAAAAAGAGGGUGUCUUGCCAUCCCAGUUUCAUCCCACUGCAGUCUGUGCGUGCGCAGAAUGCCAUCCUUUUUAUUCCACAUACCAUUUCGAUACCACUUAUUCUUCUUUGGACGCCCAAACUCCGCAAACCCCACCUUUGUCUGGUUACGCCAGCCCGAGCACACCCUUGACAGACGACCAUUCGGUGCCAUCUUCACCGACCUUCGUGCCUGGCGUAUGGUCUUCCCUUCCCAUCCACACCUCCAUCGCCAAUGACGAGUCCAUGAACGAUACCACUUUACCAAGCUUGACCGAUUAUCUGUUGAAAUCGUAUCCCGCCAACGCAUCUCAACGAGACACGGGCUUUACCAUGCUCUUCGCCUAGCAAUGUUUUUACUUGCUUAUACCCUUCUUCUCCCUCUCAUUCAGCUGCAACCCCUCUUACCACCGUGACAUUUUUUUCAUCAAAUUACCACUGGCACGUCGAUCCAUUUCAUGAGAAAAAAAUAACGCGCACAUACCUUCAUCAGCCCUCCUUUUUCCCCGUCGUGUGUCAGUAAUUUUCCCUUUUUUAUCAUAUGUUUAUGUUUCCAUGUUUCUUUUUCUUUUUUUUAUGUAUUGUAUCAUCAUGCUUUAUGCCAAUCUAUGCUCUUUCUUUUAUUAUCAUUAUUUUUUUCCACUCGAAACACUUGUAAUUUUACGGUUAAAGUGCAAAUAAACUUGAAGACAUACACCAUUUAUUCAA